GCUCGCCCUCUUUUCACCUCGCCAGCCAUCCCGCUUUGGUUUGUAUUAAGGUUGUUUUGUCUCUUGCUUACCUUUUCUUUAGGCUGUGUAUCUCAAUUCCUUCGGUGAUCGAUUUUCACUUGGAUUUACCCGCGCAUCGGUGUUGUGCCUCCCAUCGGAUUGCCUGCUUCAAGCCCACCCGUGUUCCAGGCAGCGGCUUCGGCAGCCAGAGCCAUUUAGCUCCGGAACAGCAGGGCUGAAACCGCGCUGGAAAACCCCAUCGACCGGGUGUUCCCUUCUCUCUGGGUGGCUUCUCUGCAGCGGAGCUUUGCGGAACGCGGUUUGCACGUUCAGCGCCAGCCCAUCGCCGUUUAGUCCUUUUACUUGGAAGCGCACAGCUCGCCCGACGGAUCAGGAUGGCUUUUUUUCUAAAAGGAAAAAAGAAAAACAAGAUCUACCCCUCAUAUGAGGAUGAGGCCCCUGCCCUACUGCCGGCAUUGGCGAAGCCUUCAACAUCAGCCACAGAGGGCAGGAGGAAAGAUCAAGUUGCACGCAAAAACAAGAUCUACCCCUCAUAUGAGGACGAGGCCCCUGCCCUACUGCCGGCAUUGGCAAAGCCUUCAACAUCAGCGGCAGAGGCCAGACCGGCAGAGGCCAGGCCCCUAGUCUUGCCAGGGCUGGUGAAGCCCCAGACCAGCAAGCAAGACCCAAGCCAGCAGCGGCCCUCAAAAAAGAAGAGCCUCGAGGACUCUGGGCCAGCGCUCCCAGAACUCUCUGAUGAAAACUUUGAGUACUUGUGGAUGGGUAAGAAGAUCCUGGGAGGAAGAACCAUCAGAGAAGCCUUGGAGAUGAUGGAUGAAAGGGAGAUUUUGGACACCAUCCUCCAACACCUCCAGCCACCUCCCCAGAACGCCCUCUAUAGAUACUAUGGACUCAAGCUGCGGGAUUCCAGGAGCGCAGAGACAGUCCACCAGUACCUGCACUUACUCCUGACGUUGCCUCUCGAAGAGGAAGCAGACAGAGAGGGAAUUUCUGAGGCUAUUGGUGUGGCUUCAAGCACCCAUAUUUCCCAGGCGCUGAUGGCAGUGCGGGAUUUUGGCCGCGCAGCCAUUGCAAGGAAGACAGAGACGUCUGAGAAUACUAGCAAGACGAAUGCCAGUAUCACCGUCAUCCUUUGCUGCGGGCAAAUGGCAUUCGGGGCACGGCAGGAUGAUCUCCCCUUUUUUAUAGACGUCCUCACAGAGGAGCUCCUCUUCCAAUUCCAGAACAGCAGGAAGAACCAGGCUUUGAAGAAGAGCUUUAUGAAGGCAGCAACUCUAACAACCAAGGCGCUUGUGCAAUCGAAUGUGGGAUAUGUCACCUUCCCCCACAAAGACGAGCUCACCUUCUGCAUCAUAGAGGUUAUCAAAGAGGAGCCGAUGGCAUCGCUCACCAUAUUACACCAAGCGAUGGAAACUAUCAUUCGCAUGACUGCCUUGAGACCACGCAUGGACCCCCUGCUCCGGUCUCAGCUGCUACAAAAAACCAUCAGGAAGGUCUUCCAAUUGCCAUCAUUGCAGGUUACGAAGGUCAAAGCCGGGAGCUCUGUGCCAGCAACACAGAGCCAGGACUGCUUUCAAGAGACCAUCUACAUCUGGCUCAACAUGCUCACCAGCUUGCUGUCGGAGGCCCCCUCUCUGGAGACGCUGCAGGAGAUAUUAGUGCACACAAAUGGCUGGAUUGACUCCACAAAAAUCAGUGAGAGGCAAAGAGCAGUCAAGACCACCAACGUACUCAUGAAAUAUGUCUCCGAGCAUUUGGACUUUGAUGUAUCCCAGGAUUUCCCCCUUCUUGGACAGCUGGUGGCGCUCUUGUCCCUUCACCUCGCAGACAACGUGAAGGAGAUUGGCCUGCAGUCAGCGGAGGCCUUGUACCAUCUCCAUUACAUCAUGAUAGCCAAAAUGGGUAAGGAACUGGAGAAGAGGAGGAAUAAAAAUAAGAAAGGCAACAUGGUCAGAUGGGUCCGAGAAGACUUCUUCAUCCCUGGGCCCUCCCUCUUCCACUACCACAUCGCAAAAGUGGCCAAGGCUUUUGGGGAGCACCUCAAGCCCAGCCAGAUCAACGAAGUCGUGUUGAAGGCGAUUGACAACCUGACAGUGGAAGACAGAGCCGUCUCUCAGGCUGCAGGAAAGCUCCUGAGGUCCUUCCUUGAGGAAUGUGGGAUGGAAAUGGAGGACCUGCCUAUGGUUGUGAAGGAGAUUUACAACCAUCUCCACCAGAUCCCCGACACCCGCACUAAGGAAGAGACGCUUUCGGCUAUUGUCAGCCUAGCCACCAAGCGCCUACAGCCGGUCGUAGACAGCCUGUUGGACUGCUCGAUGGAGUGUGAUGAGUAAGUUUUUGUGAUGUGAAAAUGGGGAGGGGUAGAUUUAAGGGGUUUCUUAAUUUAUAUUUAUU